AAUUUAGCCAUUUUCCAAUGAUUUCUUUGUAAAAGUAAAAAAUCCUUUUUUAAUAAUUUUAAUCCUAUAAAUGAAGACAAAUAGUGAUACUCAUACAUAAAAAGAAUCACAGUCUGAAAAAGAAACAAAUGGCAGAGGUUCCAGUUAUACCAACAUACCAGAAUAUAAUGACCAUGUCGUUUAGUAACAUGAUGACGAUAGGCCAUGACCAGAAUACUGGUAACUAUGGUCAGUCAGUGGAGUGUUUUGAUCUAGCAACAGAAAAGCCUGAAAAUGAAAGAACAAACGUUAAUGUUCCAAUUUUGAAAAAUCACAGUCCGUCAGUAGAUGUUUCAGCUACAAACAUGACUGAAUUUAAAAGACCAAAUUUAGAUGUAAAUUAUACAUGUAUGGAUGACGAUUAUCAGGUUAUUGGUCCCUCUUUUCAAAGCAGUGAAGGGUUGGAAUUAGCAACUUGUAGGGGUCAAGGUAUUGUUGAUGAACCGAUAUCUGCUGCAUGUUUACAUAGUGAAGCAGUUACUACAAAUGGUAGUGAGAUCUCAAACGAUAGUACAUGUAUGCCUCCAAAGAAUCCUACAGUUGAAAGAAAACAAGACUGUCAAUGCAAUGCUGUUCAUGAUGUAGCAUCAAAGGAAGGAACUCUGUUAACAUGUGGAAGCUGUUUGCAGAAAUUUACUGAUAUCUUGUAUCUGCAUGUCCAUAUGAAAUCUCAUGGGAACGGCGGAUCAUACUCAUAUGAUCACGUGCAAUCAACAGCUUACCCGAAGAAAGAGACCAACUGUAGUGCUGUUCAGACAGACUGGACAAUGUUCUCAGGGCGAAAUGAAUCUUUGGAGGCAGCUUACGAUUCAGAUACUGACACACAGCUUGGGGAAAAUAUUGAUAUUCUCAAGAACAAUGAAAAUAUUUACAAAAGAAGAAAAAAACAUGUCAAGAAGAAACCUGGUAAAGUCAAGAACCCCAGUAAAGUCCAUGUAUCUGAGAAAAAAAUGAAAUCCAAAGCACAUAAAAUCAAAGUAAAUGAGAGUAAAUUAGUCAAGGAAAGGGAGAUUAAGGUUGAGGUUAACUCAUGCUCUGAGGAAACUGUGGACAAUGAGUUACAUGUAGAUAUGUCACACAAUUUAAAGAAUGACAAUUUGCCUGAUUCUACACCUGAUGCUGAUGAUGGUGUUAAAGUUAUGAAAAGAAAGCGAGGCCGGCCUAGAAAAUCUGAUAAAAUACCUUGUAUGUUGGUAAACCGUCCAAAGAAAGAGAAGAAAAUUUCAGUGCCUAAGGACAAGAAAAUAAAACAAAAAUGGAGAAACCAGACUGAAGAAUGCUCAAUUUGUAAACUUUUUGUGAAAAGUCACAUGAUGGAAAUACACUUGAUGAAGCAUAGAGGUGAGAAGCCUUUUAUCUGUGAAGUGUGUGGGAAGUCGUUUGAGUGGAAGCGUUUCCUGAUGCGGCACUUGCUGAUCCACUCAGAGGUGAAGCCGUGGGUUUGUUCUGUGUGCAAAGCUCAGUUCUGUCAGAAGGGAGACUAUAAACUACACAUGGCGGUACAUUCAGGUGAGCGUCCGCACCAGUGCAAUGUGUGUGAUGCUCGUUUCUUCAGCAAGGGUACUCUUCACAACCACCAAGCGAACGUUCACAUGGGAAUCACCAAAUACGAGUGUGACCAGUGCAAUAAGAGAUUCUUCAAGAAAUCCAGUCUUGACUCGCAUCGAGUGACCCACUUUGAUGCAACACUGAAAUGUUCGAUGUGUGACAGGAAGUUCAAGGACAAGUGUGGACUUCGACGCCACGAGCGAAUUCACACGGGCGAGAAACAGUAUGAGUGUCACGUGUGCGGUCAUGCCUUCAUACAGAGCACUCCUUUCUGGGUGCACAUGGAGACAAAACACGGGCUCAAUAAAGAAUCUGCCCAAAAACGAUUAAAGGACAUUCAAGAGAUGAAAAAACGGCUGGGCAUUAAAACUAGCAUCUCCCGACUUGAUGAUAAUCAGAAAUUUCAGGGGUUCAGUGAGGGAAAGGAACUAGAUACAGAUGUGACUGAAACUUCAGGGACAGAAAAGCCCGUAGUUGGCUACCCGCCUCUGAAUGCCCCAGGGGCAGCUUCAAGACCAGAUGAGCAAAGAUAUCAGGAUCCGAACAUCCACACACACAUAGACUUGCAAAGAAAUUUUUCAGAACUUGCCUUACUGAAAAAUUCUGCAGACAAAGAUCCAAUAAAUGUCAUGAGAGAAGUCAAUGUUAUAGUACGAGAUCCGCAGGUUUAUUAUCAACAUCCAGGAUAUUGAUGUAUUUGCUUUGUAACACACAACAUAAUUUGAUGCAAAAAAAACUUGAAUGCAUUUUUAUAAUUAACUCAUUUGAAUGUAAUGAUUAAGCCCCCCCAAAAAACAUAUGAUUUGUGAACAGAUCAAAAAAUAUUUACGAUAUUUUGGCACUUUUUUAACUGGGGAAUCUGUGGCCAUGUAUCUAUUAAUUAAAAAAGAAAACAUUUAUAAGGCUCAUAAUUUUUUAAUUGGCAUCAACCUAUAUUUGGCCCCUGUAAUACAGUCAUUGCAAAUGGACUUUUGGAUAAGCAAGCCCAAAUUCUUUCACUAUUGCUUGGUCUCAAAUAUUUUUAACAAGCCCUGCUUUAUGGAAUACAGAAUUUGAGCAAACCUGGAAAGCAUUCAAGAGUGCAGGUAUUGUGCUAAUUUUGAUCACUGUUAGAAGGUACAAGACAACUUUGAAAUAUGUUUUCAUGAAUGGUCAGAAAGUUCCUUUUAGGGGAUCAAAAUUCAAGCAACAACAGUUUAUAACAGAGAGACUUAGCUAUAUCAGUCUGUUGUCUGCAUGAUAAUCUUGUAUUGAUCCCUCAGUUUCUUCCUAUUUUGAACAGACUGUACUUGCAAGUUCAGAGAUUAUGUGUUCACUGAAGUGCAAUUAUAUCCUACAUUGGGUAAAUUUUUCAGAACUUUGUUGAAGUUAACAACAUAAUUAACAUCAUCGUUGUUAACUUUUAAUUGUGAAACAUUUUAUGAUGUGUUAACAAAUUCAAAUAAAACAAGUACAGCUGAAAUAGUUGUCUCAAACAUUGUCAAGACCUCUACAGCUUACAAGUGUAUCCAUUAAAACUGCACUCUCACAGAUUGAACGUUUUGACAACUUUUUUAUUUUUUGUCUUGGAACUACCCAAUUUUUGCGAAAAUUCAUGGAAACACCAGUUAAGUAAGACUGCUGACAAAAAAUUUAAUCGCAGAUUAUUAUAUUUAAGUUCAAAAAUUGAUGUUUUGUGCAUUUUUCUUAAACCGUUAGUAAUGGUUUAUGCCAUAAAACAUUCAUUUUUGAACGGAAGUAUGAAAAUCUUCGAUUUUAUAUCAUUGGUUUGCAGAUAUAUACGCAAAAACUUGCUCUUUGUAAGACAAAAAAUAAAAAAGUUAAAAUGAUCAAUCUGUGAGAGUGCAGCUUUCAACUUCUAGAGCAGUAACGAUCUGAAAGUUAACAAUGAUGUCAUUAAUCAAGUUGUUGACUUUAGCAAAGUUCUGUAAAAUCGGGCCAAUGUUAAUUAAAUGUUAAAUGUCUUAUGACAUUUAUACUAUUUGUACAAUAAUAUAGAGUGUUUUCUUUGUUUUCGUCUAUACAUUUACUCGAAUAUCGGAACGAGAAACAUUAAGGCAGAGCCUAUCCAUUCUAUAACUAUCAUACGGAUAAAUUACAAGGUUAUUCACUUAUAUGAAUGCUUGUUAUUGAACUUUUUUCAUCACAUCAUUGUACAACACAGUUAGGUCAUCCUGGGCUUCCAUUUAGAAUUUUAAUCUGGAAUUAUGAACUUCCUUGACAUCAAUAUUGGACGUUUUCCUCUGAUUUGUGGAAGUUGAUGACUCUAAGGAUUUCCACUAUUGUCCAACUAAAUACUUUUCAUAUCAUAUCAUUUUUACUUCAAGACUUUUUAAAAAUUUGGCCAUUAAGUAACUUUGACACAAAAUUUUAAUAUAUUCUAAACUUCCAAUCCUGCACUUUCGGAAGUUUUCUCCAAAAUAGUGGAAGUUUUUGAACUUCCAAGGAUUCAAUUUAUGGCACACUUUAAGGGAGAAAAUACUUCCAAACUUCCUUAAACGGAAGCCCUGGUCAUCCACCAUCCUCUUUAUUGACAUUACACACUGGUGCUAAAGUGCUCAUGUAUGAUUUCAAUAACUGGGGGUGUGGGUGCCGUAACUAUUCCUAGUGUAAACCUCUUAAGUAAGUUGUGAGAAUGUGCCUGACUUUUACUGUUGUACUUUUUACGUACAGAAAUUUUUUGAUUAUUUUCCUGUUAUUGUUAGUUUUUAUCUUUGUUGGUAGGAAACUCAUUGUUAACUUAUAAACUUUGUUGUUAAGGAAUCUCAAGCUUUUAAGCAGGGAUGUAAAUAAUUAUUCCGUCAAUAAUGUGCCAAAGAACUCCUAACUGUUUAGCAGUUUUAUCAGUUUUAGACAUUUGUUUUUAGAUUGACUCCAUUUAAUAGGUUUUUGUACAUGCUUAUCAGGUUUCCCUAUAUAACUUGAAGCAAAAACAUGUGUGUAAUCAUAUUGAGUGCUCAUAAUAUUCUGGUGGAAAGAGAAGUGAGAACAAUCCAAUGAAGACAAUAUGUCAACCAAAAAGUGUUCAGACUUAAGUCCCAUGUAUAGAACAAGAUAAAGGGCAUACUGCUGUUCCAGUAAAAUUAAUCAUAACGGUAACAACGGCUACUAUUAGUUGCAAUUUUGUCAUUAAAAUUUAUCCUUAAAGCAGUUGUUGCAGAAUUUUAUACUUUUUGGUCCUAAUUAUCUUCUUUCAGGGAUAUUAUUUUAGCGUAAUUUUGCGGAUCUAAUGGCUCUAGAAUCCAAUUAAAAAAAGAAUUUUUAAUUGAUUGAAAAAAGUUAUCUGGUUGUUUUAAGAAGUUAACUGUUUUUUUAGGAGUUUGCCUUAAAUUUGAUGUCAGGAAAGCCCUCAAAAAGUCCACUUAAAAGCCAGUUUUGUUUCUGCAGCAGGGUACUUGAUUCCGUUUGGGGCCUUUAAGCGCCCGCAAAACCCAUCCCGAAAUGGUUUCAGCCCUUCAGCUGCCAGGUCAAUCACAUCCCUGACUUUCAAAACAGGCUCUUUUUUCUAACCCCCUCCCAGUCCCCUCUAAUCCUUCCUAGGGAGUAUAAUGUGUAAAGUUAAUUUAACUUAUCAAGACUAGAUGAUUAAAAAAAUUGCAACAGACAGUCAAGUUAUAAUAUAUGUAAAUAAUUUAGCUAAUAUGCAAACUGAGUGUUUGUACAUGCACCAGAAUAGUGGUUGUUUAUAUAUUUUCAGGGCUUUUUCUGCCCAUUUUGGGAAAAAGACCCUAGACAUUUUGGGAAAAUUUGCGUCGUGAAAAUGCGGAAAUUGGGAAUUUUUUCAGUGAAAAGAAAAAAGCUGUCUAGUCUCCUGUGAAUUAGGAAAUUAUUUAAUAUUAGUUUAUUUUCCCAUUAAAAGACCCACAAUGGCUGAAAUAUCAAUCCUUGGGGUGUAAAUAUCUACUGCAAUAAAUCAUGACAGAUAAUAUUUCAUAUCUCUAAAUGUGAUGAAAAUCAAUGAUUUCUGAGUUCAAGUACCAAAAAUACUUCACAUCACAUAAUUUAUUAGGAUGUUGAAAAUGAACCAGUACAGGUAAAAAGAAUUUCUAAAAAAAAAAAAAAUUUUUUUUUUUUUUUGAUUGGGAUUUUUUUCUGAAGAUUGGGGAAAAUAUCUUAUAUUUUGCUUUGGGAAUUGGUCCGAUAGUCAGACCCGUGGGUACUAUAGAAAAAGCCCUGAUUUUACAUCUCAGAUAAUCAAGAGUAAAAUUUCAAUUUCCAACAAUUGUAAGGUGUAUUUUAUGAUUUAUUUGAAAGGAAGCACAAAUGCUCUCACUUCUUUUUCCACUGCAAUAAAUGUAUACAAUGUCACGGACCUAUACAAUGUAUAUCAAAUGUUUUGAGAGUUGUUAUGUUGACUGUAACAUUUUUAUAUAAAACAUAUUGUUUUCAUAAGCAUGUAUAUUAACAUAACUUAUUGUUUUACAUGAACAUCAUUAUAUGUUGCAGUGAAUUGAAUUAUUCUCAAUAGAGAAAUGCAAUUGUGAAAUGAUCAGAAUUUUAACCUUGUGGUCUUUAAAGAGACUAGACACCAUAUGGCCCGAAAAUCUGCAAAUACAUUAUUUCCUCAAAACAAGGAUAGAAUUGUCAAUUAGAGGUAGUAUGAGGCCAAUAAUACGUCAAUUUACAUGAUUAAAAGAAUAUUUUGUUACUGUCUGAGCUGAGUUGACCUGUUUAAAAAUAGUGCAUAACAGUUUCCCAGUCCAUAGUGUGUAAAUUUAGCAUCUGAAAGUCAACGUGAUUAGUACAGAUACAUAUACCGAAGCUAUUUUUAACUUUACUGGUAUUUACGUAGACAACCCCAGUAAAUUUCAAAUUCAAAUAACGCAAAGGCGAUGUGAUAAAUCAGUAAGUAAGAUUCAAUGAGUUGUACACACCGCUAUCAAUUUUAGGAAAGUUUUUGACAAUUUUCUUUUUUUCUUGCAGUUGUAUCAUCUGGUGUCUAGUCCCUUUAACUUUCGCUGUUUGUGUAUACAAUGGAUUUUUUCAUAUAUGCAUGUGGAAAAGGCAUUACUUUUCCUAUGUUUUUUUCCAAAAGACAUAAGUAUGAUUUUCAAAAAUGAUAUUCAAUAUACACAAAAUUUAGACUGUCAUAUUUUUUACUGGUUUUUUUUUCGAAACAUUUUGGGUAUUGAAAUAGCCUUGUUGUUGAUGGCAUCGUCGUUAUAGUGAUAUUCUCUUUAAUUAUAGCCAUAGCUCAAAAAACAUUCAAGAUAUUGAAAUACAACCUGGUUCACACAUUUUAAGAGACAAUACACAUGAAUAGCAUUGCCCAGAACUCUGUCUUUAAUUAUUGUUUAAUUAUACCAUUGUUAGUAUGAAAAAAAGAAACAGUCUGGUGUUGGCUUGUUUUCACAGUGCUUUUGUAAAAUUUCUAGAAUGCAUGCUACAGAGUGAGACUAGUCAUUAGAUGAA